CUCCCCUUCACUGUCUCACUCACUUCAUACUCCUCCACAGCUAAGCUAAGCUCUCUCUCGCUCACCAUCAACAAUGGCGUCUUCCAGAUCUCGCCGUCUUUCUCUCCUCCUUUUCUUUUUUAUUUCUAUACCUUCUUUUGCACUUGCUGCUCAUCGAUUCGACAAUCGGAUUUCCAUGGCUUUUCCUCUUUCUAUCGCCGCCGGUAAGCCUUCCACGGCGGCGAACCGCCUGUCCUCCUCGCUGCUCCAGAGAAAGACGAAGACUCCGAUUCCGACGCCGGCGCCUCCGUUCGAUUAUAAUUACAAGUCGGCGUUUAAGUAUUCGAUGGCGCUCGUCGUUUCGCUCCCUAUCGGAACGCCGCCGCAGGCGCAGCAGAUGGUGCUCGACACCGGAAGCCAGCUGUCGUGGAUUCAAUGUCACCGGAAAUCGCCGAAGAAACCGCCGCCGGUGACGUCGUUCGAUCCGACGCUUUCGUCGUCCUUCUCCGAGCUCCCCUGUAACCACCCAAUCUGCAAGCCGCGAAUUCCCGAUUUUACCCUCCCGACGACUUGUGACCAAAACCGCCUCUGCCACUACUCCUACUUCUACGCCGACGGUACUCUCGCCGAGGGCAAUCUCGUCAGAGAAAGAUUUGCUUUCCCCCGGUCCCGGACCACGCCGCCGCUCAUCCUCGGCUGCUCCGCCGAGCCCAGCGAAGCCGAGGGUAUUCUCGGGAUGAAUCUCGGACGGUUAUCGUUCGUCUCUCAGGCGAAAGUUCCUAAAUUCUCCUACUGCGUGCCGUUCCGGCGAGGUCAGGACAAGGUAAAUCGCACCGGCGCGUUCUAUCUCGGCCGGAAUCCGAAUUCCGGCAAGUUCCGGUACGUCAAUCUCCAGCGAUUCUCCCAAAACCAGCGGAUGCCGAACCUCGAUCCGCUGGCCUACACUAUUCCGAUGACCGGAAUCAAAAUCGGCGGCACGCGUCUGAACAUCUCGCCGUCGGCUUUCCGGCCGGACGCCGGCGGCUCCGGCCAGACAAUGAUCGAUUCCGGCACGCAGUACACCUUCCUGGUGGACGCGGCGUACGAGAAGGUGCGGGACGAGGUCGUCCGGCGAGCCGGAGUUAAGCUGAAGAAAGGCUACGUGUACGGCGGCGCGAUGGACAUGUGCGUCGACGGCGGCGAUACGGCGGCGGCGGAGACGGGACGGCUGAUAGGCGACGUGGCGUUUGAAUUUGAAAACGGCGUGGAGAUAUUGGUACGGAAGGAGAAUGUUCUGGACGACGUCGGGGGUGGGGUCCACUGCGUGGGGAUCGGACGGUCAGGAUCGCUCGGCGUGGCGAGUAACAUUAUUGGGAAUUUUCAUCAGCAAAAUCUGUGGGUAGAGUUUGAUCUGAUUGGUCGACGUGUGGGAUUCGGUGAGGCCGACUGUAGCAAAUCACUCUGAGGACAUUUCUGUAAAUUAGCGUAUGUAGGUUUAGGAAUUAGGAGGAAAUCAAAGUCUAGAAAAGCAAAUAUAGAGAGAGAGAGAGACCAGUUGUACCUAAGUUAUAAGACAAAGUUUGGUUGUAAGAUUUUAAAUAAUUAUCUCUAAUCAUGUUUUUUUUGGAUGAUAUAAAAUUUAUAUUGAUUUAUUUAAA